GUAUAUAUUUCUUGGAUGAAAAUGGAAUAUAUUUGUCCGUCAUUGGUGCUUACAUCAGUAGAAGAUGUGAAGCUAGUAUGCAUUAUGGCAAUACUCCACUGUACAGCACGAGGGUAAUUAUGUCUCCAACCAAAUUUGGGCAGUAUUUUACCCAAUGCGGGAAGCAUAUUGUCCAGUAAGGUUAACAAAUAAGCAAGAAUCACUUAAGAAUGGGCAAAAUGUUCAUCACACUGGAUAAAUAAAAAUGCCCAAAAGAAAUGCCCAAUGUUGGUUGGACACAUAAUUACCCUCAUGGAGCAUUUUUACCCAAUAUUUUUUGAGUGUCUGAUACCAUGCACAGUGACUGGAUUUAGAACAACUGUGUAAGUCGAAAAACAAUCUUGACACCACACAUAUCCCCAUUUUAAGGAAAAAAUAUGUCAUAAACACAUAAUUAUUAGAUAUGGCCUGAAAGAGUAUGUUCUCCCAAAUAAUUUGAUACCAUAUUUAUGUGGUAUGUGUUAACGCUAGGAUGAUCAGGAGGCAUUCUUUGCAGUGAUGUAAAUUUUGAUUUGUGCCAAAGUUAGGCAUGAAUGCAACGAAUGAAGUCAGAUGCCUAUAAUGUCAUAAUCCUACAAGGGUUGCAUAAAAUCCAUUUCAAAGCUCCUUUGUUAGUAAUCUCCAUUAUACAUGUAACUGUUUAAUAAACACUUUAAUGUCAAGUCUCAAGUUAAUUUCAUUGAAAAGAGAUUUGCAAAUAUGUUUACUAACUCAUUUAGGAUUAUGAAACAAGUGUUUAAAAUCAUAAACAACAAAGUUUAAAGCUAAAUUACAGUAGUUGCAGUAAAACACUAAUUUCGUGAGAAAGUCUGUAAAACCAAGGUUAAGUAUGACUAUAUCAUCGUGGAUCUAGAUCCGGUACAGUUACAUAAACUGAACUUUGUGAAAUCAUAAAAUCUAAGCUGAAAUACGAUCACACUGAAGAUCGCCAACACAGAUAGGCACACGUGGGACAGUGUAUUAUUAUUGCUGGAAUAAAGACCCGACGGAAGUGACCGAAUAUGCGCUUAUUUUGCUUAUUUCUCAGCAAUUACACAAUUUCUUCCAGAAUCCUUUGGCACAUAUUUUGUAUUCAUACAAACGAGACACUUGGGUGGUCAUUAUAUUAGAUUCUGUAAAAAGUCAUUUUGAGAUCGUUACCAGAACUGGAAUUUACCUUUAAUUUUUGAUAUUUCUCAAUAAAUUAAGUAUGAAACCUCUGACUGACCUACAAUAGAUUGAUUCCAUUUUCAAUCAUUUGAAAUUAAUGGUAAAUAUUUAGCCACACCACCUGGGUUUGAAGUAUGCAAAUGCAUACAGAUUAAUGUUUCAACCUUAGGCCUACACUCGACUGCAAAAUGUUGUUUUUUCACCUAAAAUUUAAAUGAAAUCAUAUGAAUAAAAUACAGUCGUGCAAGCAUUUCAAACCAAAUUCAGCUUCCACUAGGUGGUUUCAGACCGCCUCAAAGUUCGCCAGUUCCAGGUAUUCUCUGAUCGGGAAAUAUACCCCGAUCAGAAAAUACCAGGUAUUUUGGCGGUCUGAAAGCAAACUACGCGUAAUAUCCCCGAAAGAAAAUACCCGAUAAAUAGUAGGUACUUGGCGAAAUUACGAGAACUUUCGCGGAGAUUUUUCCAAGGUCGUGGGUAUUUUGGCGGUCUGAAAGCAAAUUACGGGAACUUUUAGCCCAGCGUGUCGUUGGGUGCGGCGCCGUGCAUGGGUUGCUGCUGGGCUAGUGAUUUUGAAUUUCGCGCCUUGCUGCUUAUCAGACCAUACUGCGCAUGCUCGUAACUUCAGGAACUUAUCCCGAAGGGUUUGUUUCAGGGCGGUGUGAAUGCAGGAAUAAUUAAUGGGUAUUUUUCAGCCUAAAAAAGUUCUCGUAAUUUAACGGGGAUUCUUGUGAUCGAGGCGGUUUGAAACCACCUAUUUUGGCUCUCGAUAUUAAAUUCGUUCUCGACUUUGCAAAGGGGUUUCUGAAAGAGCCCCCUGGGAUACAAAAUGUAAUCCCAUUUACUGCCAUUAAACAAAGUGGAUAAUACCUUUUAUAUAAGACUGUAACCUCUGAAAGUACGCGUGAAAUUCAAAGCUUAUCCUCCAGGCUUUGUCCCAACUAAGCACUGUAGCCUUGCAGCUAGAAUAGUUACAUGUAUCUUUAAAACCUACAUCAAUGUUGUUAUCACUUACCACGAUAGAGGUAUUGAAAUUCUUUUGAGAUGGAAUUCCAUCUAUAUUCUCAUGUGUUAUUAAGGCAUCUCUUUUAUAAUUUAUAGAAACCUAUUCUUGUAUAGCGCAAAUAUGUACAUGAUAUGUUUCCUUUUUUGCACGUUUGGAGCUAUUGAUGGCUGAACAAAAAGAAAACAGUCAUUCCAUAUUAUUUGAUGUUAAAUACCAAUUGCAGAAGUCUCUGUGAUGUUUUUAUUGCUUCUACCUCUCCUUGAAAAAGAGUGAGGAUCACAUCACUUCAUUUUCUUGAAAGCGAGGAUGAAAGGAAGACUAUUAUGCAAUUCAUUCUAUGUAACAGUGGAAAACACUCGGUCCCUCGGAUAGGACAUCAAAUGGAGACCCCAGUUAGCGUAGAGUCACGGAAAUGGCACAUUCAAGAGUCCACUGCACUCUUCGUAUAAGAGUAGAGGGAAACCCUGGUGUAGUGGUCCACCUGCACUCCCUCAAUCAGUUAUAUUGGGAGGAGAGACCUGUGGGUCAUAGUGAUUCAGUUUGCUUUUCACCACCCAGGCAAAAGUUUUUCAAAAUGAAAUAAUAAUGAUGAUGAUGAUGAUAAAGAUAAUGAUGAUAAUAGUAAUAAUAGCAGUAGUAAUAAUAAUGUUCAUUUACCAUAUAGGUUCCAUCAGAAAGGCUAUCCCACGCAGGUACGAUCUUCCGAACAUUGAUCUUAGCCAAGUCACCCAACCUCAUCAAAGACAGGAAGAACAACCUUCGAACCUACCGCAAAUGCAUGAUGGGAUCCGAGAUGGUCGAUUGGUUAAUGCAGCAGGGUCAAAUGAUGUUGGUGAGGUCGCGACCUCAGGCUAUCGGCAUGUGGCAAGCUCUGCUCGAAGAGGGCGUUAUAACUGAAGUAAACAGAGAGCACCCCUUCCAAGACGCCGAGCACCAGUACCGGUUCCGAGAGGACGAUCUCGGCAUCACCAGCACCCCGACGUCAUCCCAGAAGAAAGCCGCGGAGGAGGAGCUACCGGAGAUCGCCGGGAUGCUGUCCAAGGUGGCGCCGGACGCCAUGAUGAGACUCAUUCUACGAAAACCUCCACAGGAAAGGAGUGUCGACGAUCUUGAGAUCAUUUAUGAAGAACUUCUUCAUAUCAAGGCCUUAGCUCACCUUUCUACUAUGGUCAAGCGCCAGCUCACGAGUGUCCUCGUCUUCGAGUGCCACGAGAAAGCAGGGACAGUCUUGUUUCACCAAGGUGACGAGGGUCGUUCGUGGUUCAUCAUCCUGCGAGGAUCCGUCAACGUCGUCAAGUACGGCAAGGGCGUCGUCUGUACCCUCCACGAAGGGGAUGACUUCGGCAAGCUGGCCCUGGUCAACGAUGCGCCGCGAGCGGCUUCCAUCGUCCUGCGAGAAGACAACUGUCAGUUUCUGAGGGUCGAUAAAUACGAUUUCAAUAGGAUACUUAGGGAUGUUGAAGCAAAUACGGUCAGAUUAAAAGAGCAUGGACAGGAUAGUCUGGUUCUGGAGAAGAUUCCAACAAAUACGCAACAUAGUAAUAACAACAAGCAUCAUCAUGUCAGUUAUAGGUAUUCAGUAAUGGCCGGUGUUCCAGAGAAGAUGUUGGAGCAUCUUCUAGAGACAAGGAUAGAUAGCAAGUACGACCCAACAGACACAUUCCUGGAAGAUUUCUUAUUAACGCAUAUUGUCUUCAUGCCAAGCGAGAAGCUGUGCCCUGCCCUUCUUCAACACUAUCACUCAGAGAGGACAUCGAGAGGUCCCGAGCAAGAGACGAUAGAUUACAUAGUCAACAACAAGAGACGAGUGGUCCAGCUGGUUUGUCUGUGGCAUGUGGUAGCUGGGUAUGCCUUCAAACAGGACACAACUAUCAUGCAGUUCUUAGAGACAUUGUUCUCAGCAGUGUGUGAUGAUUGUCCUGCCUACCCGAGUCUCCAGGACCCUCUAGCCAGUCUGGAACAGGUCCUAAAAGCCGUCAAGUCCACCAAGGAUUCUAGUUCUCAUACGUGGCAAGUACAGACUCAGGUAUUAAGUGAAUCAAGAACCCACAUGGAAGAUGAGCUUCAUAGGACACCAAUCAAAGCUAAAGACGAAACAAUAUUCAAGGUCUAUUGUGCUGACCACACCUACACAACACUCCGGGUUACCAUGGAUACCUCAGUAACAAACAUCAUUCAGACGGUAUCAGAGAAGAUGUGUCUUGGGAAUGACCUGGUGCUAUGUGAAGUAAAAUCCUCAGGAGAACGUUUAUCAUUCCAUCAGAAAGACGUCUGCAUAGCGACGAGUUUGAGCUGUAAUGGUAGAAUAUUUAUAGCCCCUAGAGAUCACUUAGAUGCCUUGACACCAUUGCCUGAACAAGAGGGACCAAGCGAGGGCUCCGUCUCAUUCCUCGAGCCAACGAGUUCAAGAGAGCUCGCCUAUCAAAUGACAAUGUAUGACUGGCAGCUCUUUCUAUGUACUCAUGAGUGUGAGUUUAUCUAUCACACAUUUGGGAGGCACAAAUACCGGCGCAUCACAGCAAAUCUAGAUGUCUUCCUACGCCGGUUUAAUGAAGUGCAAUCUUGGGUUGUCACUGAACUUUGCCUGACGUCAAAUAUCAGCAAACGGGUUCACCUCCUCAAGAAGUUCAUCAAAAUAGCUGCCCACUGUAAGGAGUAUCAAAAUAUGAAUUCUUUCUAUGCCAUCAUCAUGGGGCUCAGUCAUAUGAGUGUUAGCAGACUUGCACAAACAUGGGAGAAGCUUCCCAACAAGUUGAAGAGAGUUUUCUCCGACUUUGAAGCAUUGAUGGAUCCGUCGCGGAACCAUCGUGUGUACCGCCUAGCUCUGUCAAAAAUGAGGCCCCCAAUCAUACCGUUCAUGCCACUGCUUAUCAAAGACAUGCUCUUCACGCACGAGGGCAAUAAGACUUACUUCGAAGGUCUCGUCAACUUUGAGAAAAUGCAUCUGGUUGCAUCAAUAAUGAGAGUGGUCAAGUACUGUCGGAGUGAAAACUUUAAACUAGACUCUCCUCCAGCCGUUAAGAACGUCAAGGAGAUUGUUAGUUAUGUAAGGAAUUUGCAAGUGAUUGAUAACACCAAGCGAUUAAUGCAACUCUCAUAUAACCUGGAGCCUCCAAAAACGUGAUAUCUACUUUGUCAUUUGAAGACACCAUAGUAUUACUUUAACAGGACGAAAAUGGCUUCCAUCUUUUGAAUGCUGUAUUUGGG